AAACAACUUCUGCAUAAGUAAGUUACCUUAAAAGGAGGAAUUAAAAAGGUGCCUUAGAUUUGGUAGCUACUAACAAAAAUGCAGGCUACUGAUCUACUAUUAGCAGCAGUGACACCAUUCAUCAUUCUUGAUAUUGGGUAUAUGGGAAUAUUUUUAGUACAAUGGCCAGUGGACUUUACCAAUCCAGAAUCAGUUGGAAUGAAAGGUACAAGAAACUUUUACUUGAAUACUGAUCAGCAAGUAAAGAUAGGAGUUUGGCAAAUACUACCUCAAUCAUUAGUAAAUGAUUCCACUAUUAUAACUGAUGCAGAUUAUGACAGUGCAUUGAAUAAUGCCAAACAACCUGUUUUUCUUUAUAUGCAUGGUAAUAGUGGCAAUAGAGCAAGUAAUCAUCGUUUAGAAUUGUAUAAACUCUUUCAAUCAUUAGAUUAUCAUGUAAUUUGUUUUGAUUAUAGAGGGUAUGGAGAUAGCGAGGCAGCUGAACUUUCUGAAGUAGGUGUAGUAGCAGAUAGUAAAUUUGUACUAGAGUGGUUGUUAAAAAAAGUAAAUGGUUCAUCUUCUGUAUUUGUAUGGGCCCAUUCUUUGGGCACUGGUGUUUCUACCCAUGUGUUAGAAUUAUUAGCACAAGAAAAUGUUCAACCAGCAGGUUUGGUCUUGGAAUCACCAUUUAAUAAUAUUGCAGAAGAAUUAAGUGCACAUCCAUUAGCACAGAUCUUUAAACAUUUACCAUGGUUUCAUUGGGUCAUCGUGGAACCAUUUUAUCACAACAAUCUGCGUUUUGAAUCAGACAAACAUAUAAAAAAUGUUCAAUGUGCAAUUAUGAUACUACACGCAGAAGACGACAACGUUGUACCAUUUUCCUUGGGAGAAAAAUUGUAUAAAGCAGGUAUAAGUUAUCAUGGCAACAAUAUCAAUCAAAUUCAGUUUACACGAAUAGAUUCAUCGCUUCGUCUUGGACAUAAAUACAUAUGUCGAUAUAAAAAAUUACCUGAAAUAAUUAAAUCAUUUGUAGCAAAGGGGCAUACCAAUCAGACUGAUUAAAUAAUGUGAUGACAAGAAUAACUAUCACAAUACAUGUAUUUUUACAAUACAUAGAUAUUAGUAAACUUUUAUAAGUACAUAAUAUAAUUUGAACUUGAAAUGAAAUUAACGAAUUUUAAAUGUUUCUGUUAUUAACAUUAAUUGUCAUUCUCAAUAUAUUAAAUGUUGCACUUUCGUUAAAUGCAUCAGUUUUAAAAAUUAACUCAGUGUCCAAGUGCACAUAAAAUAUGUUAAACCUGUAAUACAUUAAAUUUAAUGAUAAUGGGAAAUUUUAUUUAAGGACAAUUUUAUUUAACAUUGUGUGAUAAUAGAGCCUAUGCUGUGAUAGCUACUUUAAGGCCAUCAACAGUAUUCAUUACAUUAUACUCGUCAAUAAAUGUGACACUUUUACAAAUUCGUAAAUGUCAGCAAUUUUAAGUUUUAUUUUAUGAAAUGAAUAAGUAUUCUCCACAGCAAUUGUAUGCAUAAUUCAAUUAUUUGUACUAUAUUUUAAAAUACUUAUAUGUCAGUAUAUUUCAUGUUCUUUGUAUAAAUAAAACAAUAAGAAAUAAUGGUAA